CGGACUGUUGGAUAAUCUGCUGGGAAUAUACGUCAUGCCGGCUGAGAAAAUUACACAUUGUGGAAGUGACCGCAAAAUUGAAGAGCACAAUUUGCAAGCAGGUAUGGAACAUACAGAUGCAGUUAACAAAGACAACAGUACUACUGUGACUUUCCAUUCAAAUACUGGUGUCAAUCCUGGGAAUUAUGUUACUGAUUUUGAUAAUAGAGUUGAAUGUUCAUUUUGCUGUGGCGAAAAUGCAGAGUCCGAAUCUGGUCAGCGGUCUUGUCAACAUUGGACUCAGGUGCGUCCAUCUAACACAAGGCAAGCACAAAAAAAGAAACUCAGAGGACUUCAAAACGGCCAUCAUGAUCCUUCUCGUUAUACCAAUAGUCGAAAUACAAAAGAAAAUACAGACAUACAACGCCCCAUCAUUAACGGUAAUUCAAUUGAUGGACAAAGUAUGCGCAAUCCAAGUGAUACUAAUACUUCAAAUUCAGCGGCUUCACGCUUUAAAUAUGAUAGAUCUUUGCAUUCAAGCAACAAAAAUGCACCAAUAUCUAACACAGAACAAACUAAACCUGUAGCAUCUAAUUCAUCUUCUCCAGCUCCAUCUGUUUCUUCGGAUCUCCCAAAUGGACAUGACUUUAGUGAUAGUAGGACAUUCCCUCGAUAUGCACAUAAAUCGUCACGUUCAUUUAGAUCAUCUACUCAAGCCAACGAGUCAGACGAUCUCAACAGUCAGCGUUCAAACGCUUCACCCGUUACUGUUGGUGGAGCUAACACGAGAACCCGGGCUUCAGUGAAUCGGUAUAAUGUAAAUAUGUCACCCCAGUCUGGGGCAAUCCCUAAUGCAUAUCAAAAUGGUCCUUUUGAUCAGUGGCGACGUCCUAAUAAUAAUGGCAGUUUGCGAAGAUCACAUCAACAGCAUUUCGUACCUCGUAAUACCAGUCAGUUUCACCGUUAUAAUGGACCGGUAGCUCACCCUGGUCGACCUCAUCAGAACAAUUUCUCACGGAAUCGCAUUUCAGGCUCUGGAAUGGGAGAUUCACCUCCUGUACAAGCAAACGACUCACCUAAUCCCGUUCUUAAUGAAUAUAAUCCACAACCUGAUUCAGUCCGAGAUCUAAAAAAACCACAGACAUCUUGGGCAACUGUUGCAGUGGGUGUCCAAUGUGAACAGAAACUCUAUACACCUAAAGAUAAUUCACGAGACCAACUAGUUAGUUUCCUCCUGGAACAGUGGCGCCGUUUCGAUCGAAAAUCGACCUAAUGCACAAAUUAACACGAAACGUAUUUUUUAAGUAUCCC